ACUUGCCUAUACUAUAUGAAAGGAAAUGAAGUGUUUAACUUGGAAGAAAAGAAGAUUCUAUUUUAUCACCCAAACGAAGUAGAAAAGAAUGAAAAAAUUAGAAAUGUGGGGUUAUGCGAAGCCAUAGUACAGUUCACAAGGACCUUUAGUCCAUCCAAACCUGCAAAAUCCCUGCAUACUCAGAAGAAUAGACAAUUUUUCAAUGAACCGGAAGAAAAUUUCUGGAUGGUCAUGGUUGUAAGGAAUCCCAUUAUAGAGAGACACCACAAAGAUGGAAAACCAGUCAUUGAGUAUCAGGAAGAGGAGCUACUGGACAAGGUUUAUAGUUCAGUCCUACAGCAGUGCUACAGCAUGUUCAAGCUUUUUAAUGGCACAUUCCACAAAGCCAUGGAAGAUGGAGGUAUAAAAGUUCUAAAAGAGAGACUAGAGAAAUUCUUUCACCGGUAUUUGCAAACACUGCAUUUACAGUCUUGUGACCUGCUGGAUGUGUUUUGUGGGAUCAGCUUUUUUCCAUUGGAUAAAAUGACUUACUUGAAAAUCCAGUCAUUUAUUAAUAAGAUGGAGGAAAGCCUGGACAUAGUCAAAUAUACUGCCUUUCUCUACAAUGAUCAGCUGAUCUGGAGUGGACUAGAACAAGAUGACAUGAGGAUUCUGUACAAAUAUCUUACGACAUCUCUCUUUCCAAGGCACAUGGAGCCUGAGCUGGCAGGAAGAGAUUCUCCAAUACGUGCAGAAAUGCCAGGAAAUCUACAACACUACGGAAGGUUUCUUACUGGACCUUUUAAUCUGAAUGAUCCAGAAGCAAAAUGCAGGUUCCCCAAAAUAUUUGUAAAUACAGAUGACACUUAUGAAGAACUUCAUUUAAUAGUUUAUAAGGCCAUGAGUGCAGCUGUUUGCUUUAUGAUUGAUGCCUCAAAUCCACUAACACUGGACUUUUGCCGUAAACUGGACAGCAUUGUUGGACCUCAACUCACAGUAUUAGCAUCAGACAUCUGUGAACAAUACAACAUCAAUAAAAGGAGUUCAGGGUCUGAGAAGGAACCUCAGUUUAAGUUUAUCUAUUUCAAUCAUAUGAACUUGGCUGAGAAAAGUACGGUCCAUAUGAGGAAAACACCUAGCAUAUCACUCACAUCUGUUCACCCUGACCUCAUGAAGAUUCUAGGUGAUAUCAACAGUGACUUUACUAGAGUUGAUGAAGAUGAGGAAAUUAUUGUGAAGGCAAUGAGUGAUUACUGGGUUGUUGGGAAAAAGUCUGAUCAGCGGGAACUAUAUGUUAUUUUGAAUCAAAAAAAUGCAAACCUAAUUGAAGUUAAUGAAGAAGUAAAGAAACUUUGUGCAACACAGUUCAAUAAUAUUUUCUUCUUGGAUUGAUCUACAAGGGCUGAUCUACUGAAGAUGUCCAAAUGUCAGAAAAAAAAACAUUUUUGUUUAACAUGAAAGGUUAUUAGUCAUAUUAUUGACUGGAAUAAUGACAAUAGUAAAGCAAUACUUGCUUUGUAAGAAUCAAAUUUCUACUAAAAUCUGUAAACUCUGAUCAUAAGAUUUUUAGAUUUUAAGAAUAUUUAUGUGCAAACUAAACCCGGUCUAAUUCAUCUGUACCAUUCCAUUUCUCGGAUAUUGUUAUGUGAAUAUUUUACUGGAAAAUAAAACUGAUGAUUGUUACCA